ACGUUUUACUCACCGUGAUGCAUGAUCCUAACCAACAAACCUGAACAAAAUGUAUUUUUUGAUUAAAGUGUUCUUAUUUAUUAUAACAUGUACUAUAAGCUUAUGCCUGUAUUGGGGUGACAAGCAAAAUUGCAGAGAACUUUCAAAUGGACGGGAUUUUGUCGAAAGAUGGGAAAAUGCAACUACGACAUGUGUUGGACAUAUGGAUAUGAUGGAAUCUGUCAAAAUGAACAGAAGUCAAUUCACAACUGGAAUUGAAAUUUCCAAGAAUACAUUAAAUGGAAAUAACGAUACACAUGAUUUGUGGCUUUUUGUUAAAGGAACCAUCCCGGAGUUACCUAUCGAAAAGCAUCUUGACAGUGCAAUACUAAUGCUGUGUUUCUGCUACGUGAAAAUAAAACAUGGACCAACCAGUCCACACAUUGACCAUGAGAUGAAUAAUGUUUUGGACCUUUUCAGUUCAAAAAUAGGGGAUUGCGUACGGGAAGCGGCCAAAAAUACUAAACAACAUAUGACGAGAGACCUUUAUACGAAUUUCUUUGAGCCUGCCGCUCGACAUAUUCAAUGUUUCCCAUUGAGCAGAGACAAUCAACACAUGGAACAAGAAUGGAACAGAUUCGCAUCGUUUAAUAAAUUUCCGGUGGACAAUCCAGACAUCAGUUUCAUCCGACUUUCACAAAGUGGGUUUUUCUACACAGGGGACAAAGAUAUCGUACAGUGCUUCAGUUGUGGUGUUACAAAUAACGAGUGGCCACGUGAAGUAUCAGUUGAUGACACACACCGGAAUAUAUCACCAGAUUGUGCCUUUAUAACUGGAAAAGAUGAAUCAAAUAUCGCUAUUCAUUCCGCAAAUGAGUCAAGUGGAAAUCAGGGUAAUUCCGCUUGUAGUGUUGGGCCCAAUGAAGAAGUUACUCCGUGUCAUAAUCAUGGAAAACCAGAGUAUAUAAAUAGAAAUGAACUUGAAAACGAUAAUGGAGAUCAUCAAGAAAAUGGAAGGAAAAUGGUUCGAAGGGAAAUUAGCGACUCAACCAAUACAGCUAAAUAUCCCGAGUAUGCAAAUACACGUAAAAGACACGACACUUUUAAGGAAUGGGCGUAUUCACAUAUUGUUUCAUCAAAACACCUCGUAGAGUGUGGUCUUUUUCAUACAGGGGUCGCAGACUGCGUCCGCUGCUUCUUCUGCGGAGGGGGCAUGCGUAACUGGGAACAUGGUGACGAUCCCUGGAUUGAGCACGCGCGAUGGUUCCCGCACUGCCAAUACGUUAAACAGUGCAAAGGGCAGGAAUUUAUCGAUACGUGUCUUCAGACAAGCGGGCUUGAAAGCUUCGGUAACUCAGACACGGAUACAGAUCAACGGUAUAUUGACCAACAAACACUUUUUGAGGACACUGAAUCUGCAUCUGCAAGUAGUAUUGUGCCGAGUGAAAGUAAUGAUAAUAGAACCCUUAUAAAGGAGCUACAAGAGAUGGGAUUUUCAGCAAAUUCAAUUGACGAAGCGCUGUUGCAGCCAACACACAACACAGACUCCUAUAUAGCGAGAAAAGAGGAGGUGAUAGAUUAUUUACUGACCUACCAAAGCGCUGCGGCCAAUCAUGAGACCGAACAUGUGGAGGAACACAACUUGAAUAUCACAGGCUGGGAGCAAAGCUCGAAUAUCACCGACAGAGAACAUAGCUCGAAUAUCAACGACAGAGAACAAAUCUCGAAUAUCACCGACAGAAAACAAAGCUCAAAUAUCACUGAUAAAGAGCAAAUCUCGAAUAUCACCGACAGCACAAAGUCAAUACAAAGUCCAGAAGCAGCAUCGAAAAAUACAUUUCCAGCAGAACAACGAAGAGCGACUGGUUUAGACGAAGCUAAGCAGAAGUUAUCCGAAGAAAACGAGUCCUUGAAACAACAGAUGAUGUGCAAGGUCUGCAUGGACAACGACGCCAGCAUGGUUUUCCUUCCGUGCGGUCACAUGGUGACAUGCACUGAAUGUGCGCACGCACUCCGAAAAUGCGCCAUCUGUCGGACAGUCAUAAAAGGCACUGUUAGGGCGUUUAUGUCAUAAUUCUGCCCUGUAUUAUUGUUCGGAAUUUUUGACGCCUGGGUCAUGAUUGCGCUAAUCUUCACACCCAACACACGUACCUUCUAACAGUGAAGGCAGGCCUUGCUGAUAGCUUGUGUUACGUGUACUUAUGCCAAUAUCUUUAACAGAUCACAUACCUCAUAAGUAUUAUUUUAUAUGAUUGAUAACUAUCACAAUAAGUGUGAGAUUGUGUACCAUCUAGUUUAACCCACCAAAUGAUCACCUGCUCCACUGACAUUCCAAAACAAUGACUCCAAAAGUUAAUGUAUAUUCAUGCACGUCGCUUUUGUUCUUGUUGUGCGUGUGUGUGUGUGUGUGUGUGUGUGUGUGUGUGUGAGUGCGUGCGUGCGUGCGUGCGUGUGACCUUAGCCUUGCCCCAAUAAACAGGGUCCUGGAUACAGAUAAGGCAACUAAGCUUGUCCCUUGAAUGGCGGAACCGUGGUCUAGUGUGACUUACUAUUAAGGCAGCGAAACUAUUGUUAUGUUAUUUAUGAAAUGAAUUUAUUUUUAUAAAAAAAUCAAAUAAA